UGAAUAAAUUUGAGUCGAGUUCUUUGUCAAGGAAGAAGCGUCUAGCUUUGAUGAUGAAGUUCUUGGGGUUGAUUUCCCUGUUUGUUUCCUGCGUUUUGAUCGCGCAAGUUGUCGAUGGGAGAAAACACCAUCGCAAGCGUGAAGGAGAGAAUGUUCGAUCAAAAGGCGACGAACAGAUUGCGCCUAAAGUGAGGCACGAAGUUCAACAAACCGCACGAGCUAAUACUGAAGCAGUUCAGGCAGACAACAAGGCCAGAGCAGACGAAGAAAAUCAGAAGAAAGACGUCCUGAUUGCGGAUGGAGGAGAGGUACCAAAUGAUCAUGUCGCCCAUAAUAAACACCGCAGAGGCCAUAGAGGAAAAGGAGCUUUCCACUUCCGGCGAGAGGACGGAAGUAAACUCGACAAUGCCCACCUCAAACACCGCUUCCAUAAGCGGAACCAUGGCAACCGCGGACGUCACCAUAACGACGUAAAAGUCACUAAAGAAAACCUGAGCCCUGAAAUGCUGGCGCUGAACUCGAAUAUGCCAACUGAGAAAAAGCUGAAACGAUUGAUGAAAGUGAUCAAACGGAGACAGCACAUGCGCAGAAAACACCACCACAAGCGACAGGAGGAGAAAGCACACUAACAUUUAAAUGUAUUUUUCAUGUAAAUUGUUUUUUUUGAAGUAACAACGGUUUUGUUUUGAUUCGAAAGCAUUCUUUUGACUUUUUUUUUUACGACGGACCUGAGAAAUAUUGUUAUAUCAUUCAUGUGGAGGCGUUAAA